AUGUUUGUCGUUGCGAGGAUCUCUGACCCCGGUCUCAGCGCCGCACAGCGGCUCGCGUAUGCGCAAAGGUAUACUGCGCUCCGCAUCAGUGGCCUCGAACGCUCUCCCCAUGCCUUUUCCUCGACCCUAGCUACCGAAGCGCGAUUGAGCGAUCACGAGAAGCUGGCGAGGCUUCAAGAGCCGGGCAAGACCAUCUUUGUGUGCAUCAAUUCAGAGACGGACGAGUGGGUCGGACAGGUGACGCUCAUCGGUCCUCAGACUCGCGCCGAGUACGAUCGAGGUUAG